UCGCGUUCCGAUGACGUAUUGAACCCGGUGCUUCCGGAAGCGGCGCCGCGGGCCCGGAGCGCGAUGGGCGCCGCCCGUGACGCCGAGCAGCAGCCGGGGCCUCCGGGAGAGGAGGGACCGGGAGGAGGCGAGGAGCAGCCGGGAGGAACGAGCCCGUGGAACAUCAUGAUCAAGCAUCGGCAGGUGCAGCGGCGCGGCCGGCGGUCACAGAUGACAACCAGCUUCACCGACCCGAUCGUGUCCAUGGACCUGCUGCGAGCCGUGCUGCAGCCCAGCAUUAACGAGGAGAUCCGGGCUGUGUUCAAUAAGUACAUGAAGUUCUUCCAGAAGGCAGCACUCAACGUGCGAGACAACGUUGGGGAGGACGUGGAUCCAGAGCAGCUGAUCCAGGAGACGUGUCGGAGCUGCCUGGAGCAGGCCAAGCUGCUGUUCUCAGAUGGCAAAAAAGUUGUGUCCAGGUUGCCCCACGAGCAGAUGGGACCAAAGCGUGCCCGACAGAUGGAUGAGGAAUUGAAUCGUCGAGGAAGCCCCCUUCCCAAAAAGAGAAAGGGACGGCCUCCAGGACAGAGCCUGUCAAACGAUCGUGGGGUCUCAGGCAUGUCUGCGUGGAAGCUCAAAGUCUCUGAACCUGUGAGAAGGGAUGGACCAAAGUGGGAUCCAUCCCGACUGACUGAAACCACAACCUUUGUGCUGGGAUCUCGAGCAAACAAAGCUCUCGGGAUGGGAGGAACAAGAGGGCGACUCUACAUCAAGCAUCCCCACCUCUUUAAGUACGCAGCCGACCCGCAGGAUAAGCAAUGGCUGGCAGAGCAGCAGCACCUGAGGGCCACUGGGGGCAAGAUGGCCUAUCUCCUGCUGGAGGAGGACAUCCGCGACUUGGCGGCCACUGACGACUACAGGGACUGUGUGGACCUGCGGCUGGAGGAGCUGAAGCCCUUCGUCCCGCCUGCCUGGAUGACGGAGAAGAUGCAGAAGUACAUGGAGACGCUUCGCAACGGGGGGGACCCGCCGCCGCCGCCCCCCGAGAUCCACCCCGAGGCCUUUCCUGAGGGUCCGCCCGUUGGACACCCCGAACACCCCGAGCCCUCACACCCGGCCCCGGCCCCGCAAUAAAAGCCGCCGCUUCGCACCCGUU